CAGCAACAGACGCAACAUCAGCGCGAACGUGAACAUCAGCAGCAGCAGGCGCAGACGCAGCAACAGCUACAACAACAUGCUCACAAUUUGACACAACAACUGCAGCAGCACGCACACAAUUUGUCACAACAGCAGCAGCAGCAAAUGCUCAGCGUACAACAGCAAUAUCAAGUGCUGCCGCAUCAGCCACACAAUGCGACAAGUGAAUGAUACAGCCAGUAUUUGGGCUGGAAUUAUGGGAACAUGUUGAACAGCUCAUCAACCUCAACGACAGCAACAGCCGCAGCCGCUGCCGGUGCUACUGCCGCAGUCACUGCUGCAAGCGCAGCUCCAGCAAAUCCUUUUCUAUGGAAUGUCGAUGAACUUACGUCAGCGCCGCCGCCGCCAUCACAACCGCUCUCAUUGGCACUGGCGCCGAAGCCACAUACCAACACGCAACAACCACAGCAACAUUUACCAAACUUUGCGCAUGCGCCACCCUCGCAACUACCAUUCAAUAUCUAUGCGCGCGCAGUCAAUCAGCACUAUGGCGGCCACACAGCCGCAAUGCGUGAGCGGAACUUCCAUUUCUAUAAACGUGGCGAGCAAUUCGCCUACGAGCGGCAGCAACAACAAUUGGAACGUCGGUUGCAGGUUAGCGAACGCAAAAGUGAACGCAACAAUGGCAGCAGCAAUAAUAGAAACAAACAAAACAAAACGCUUGCGCAGGCCGAAGAUGACCCAAACGAAGCCAUAUUGCUAAGCAACGACAGCGAUGACGAGGACCUCCCAGCUAGUGGCAAAAUGAAUACGGAUUACCACAUUGCUGUGGAAAAAUAUCUUAAUUUUGACGAGGCCAAUAAAGAGGAAAUAAAAGUAAAUCUCAGCAAGCGGGAACAGAUCAAAUCGGAUGCAAUCGAUAUGGCAGCAAAAGUAAUAGAGGAAGAAAAGGAGGAGCUGGAAGCGAUUACCGAAACAAAAUGCCAAAAAGAGGAGAGUAGCAAUUUCCAAGAACUAAUGGCCAUGAACAAUAAGUGCAAUAACGAUGACGCCACUCUCACCAACACAACCGUAACCAUAACACCGGCCCGUACUGAGCUGGGUAAUGAAAAGCUUAGAGAUGCUGCUGGCUGCGAAAAUGUUGCGCAGCAUGUUGCACAAGUAGCGCUGCAGUAAACAGUUGAAAAAGUGAACACACAUAUACAAACAAACAUAACUGAAAUUUCAAACAUACACACAAUUGAAGUUACUCAUACACAUACAAGUGGCACAUACACUUGAGAAGAAAAAAUAUGAAACAAAACACUUUAGGUAACUCCUUCAACAACACCAUUAGUAAGCCAAGUAGUAUUUGUCAAUUCGCUGAAUAAACAACAACAAAAAACACUCUAUACCAACGGCAGCAAAUAUGCAAAACAAUGGCAUAUUUGUAUUCAUUAGAGCGCAAAAUCGCAAAUCACAAUUGACGUGACAUUAGAAAAAAUGCAUAGGCGAGUAUGCAUUUAUUAGUGCAAUUGUCGGCGUAAAUCGCAAUAACAUUCACAAAGGUUUCACAUUAGAUGUAUCGAUUAGAGUUUUAAGUGUUCAACACAAUUAUAAGUAUUUUUCACAAAACAAAACAAAAACAAAUAUUUACUCAAACAUCUCGAUGUGAUUUCUGUGUAAAAACAUACAAACAACAACCAUUAGGUUUCACAAAAAUUUUAAAAAAAUACCAAAAUUAAUCAUAAUAAUAAAGAAAAUAUAUGUAUACAGAGAAUAGACGAGUUCUAUAGAGCAAAAUCGAUUGCGUGAGUUGGCAGGACAAUUUAAGAAAAUAUUCAACCGCAAAAGAGGUACCAGCCAAAGGAAAAUCUAAUUGGUGCAUUACAAGUUAUGCAAUAAUAAAAAGAUGGCAGUUUUGUCUCAUGUAUUCCAUUUGAAGAAUGUUAAAUUUUUCUUUGACAAUUAGUUAAAAUCAAACCUUAAAUACAAAUAAUAAAGGAUGCGCCAUUAGGACGGAAAGUGGGACAAUUUGAAAUAUCUAGGCGGUAUUUAUUUUGAAAAUGCUACAGUGACUUUUGUCACUUAAAAUGCAUGUUUUUAUAAAACUUUUUUUAUACAACG